UCACCAUAGCGACCCGAUUUGGCCGGUGAUUUCCUUUUCUUCCUCCUCUUUGGCCGCCCCUGCUCUUGUCACGAGUUUUGUCCCUAACGUGAGAACAGGCAGGGAAGGAAUGGCCUAAUCAACAGGACAUCUGCUUCACUUCACCACCGACUAAGGAUUCUUCCUUUCCUUCUUCCACACUCACGUCAAGAACUGAACGUGGGAUUUGGCCUCUUCUAGUCCCUGAUUUUGGAAAUGGAAUGGAAAAUGUCAAUAUUCGUAGGCCUGCCCAAGCGUGUUGCUUUCCGUGUGGAAGGUGCAAGCGCUGCAGCUGCCUCUCUUAACGGCAUCGGUACAGAAACCUCACAGGCCUCUUGCUGCUGCUGCUGCAAACCAGAAUCGAUUCAAUUCCCUCUUUUGGACCGGAGGGAUUUGGUGUCUUCAUGCAAUGGAGAGCUGGUCUUGUGGGAGCAAGCAUGACCUGUCCCCUUAGCUAAGCAGGGUCUACCCUGCUUGCAUAUGAUUGGGAGCCUAGAAGUGUGAGCAGCACUGGAAGAUCUUCCCAGCAGGGAAUGGAGCCGCUCUGGGAGCUUCCUAUGUUCCUAAUCCUUCAAGAAUGGCCUGGAGUCUCCAGGAUUCAGCCUCAGUCAGUCUCUAGGGGAGUUGAAGCUCCGGUGUUGCCACUGGCAACAGUUGGACCACUUGAGGCUAACUCAGCCGUUUCCCUGGGCAACGUCAACAACAAAGUUUCGUGAAACCACCUUAAUGAAUGAAAGAUGCAGGUUGCUAUAAAGAUCAUUGAUAAGACUCAGCUCGACGAAGAGAACCUCAAGAAGAUCUUCAGGGAAGUCCAGAUCAUGAAGAUGCUCUGCCACCCACACAUCAUCAGAUUAUAUCAGGUUAUGGAGACGGAGCGGAUGAUUUAUUUGGUGACGGAAUAUGCGAGUGGAGGAGAAAUAUUUGACCACCUGGUGGCCCAUGGGCGGAUGGCCGAAAAAGAAGCCCGGAAGAAGUUCAAGCAGAUUGUGGCAGCUGUCCAUUUCUGCCACUGCCACAACAUUGUCCACAGAGACCUGAAGGCAGAGAAUCUGCUCCUGGAUGUAAACCUGAACAUUAAGAUAGCAGAUUUUGGGUUCAGUAAUAUCUUCACUCCUGGUCAGCUGCUGAAGACCUGGUGCGGAAGCCCCCCCUACGCUGCCCCUGAGCUCUUUGAAGGGAAGGAGUAUGAUGGGCCCAAAGUGGACAUCUGGAGCCUCGGCGUGGUGCUCUACGUGCUGGUCUGCGGGGCCCUGCCUUUCGACGGGAGCACGCUGCAGAACCUGCGGGCCAGGGUGCUGAGUGGGAAGUUCCGCAUUCCCUUUUUCAUGUCCACAGAGUGCGAGCACCUGAUCCGCCACAUGCUGGUGCUGGAGCCGAGCAGGCGCCUCUCCAUGGAGCAGAUCUGCAAGCACAAGUGGAUGAAGCUGGGCGAGGGGGAUGCCGAGUUCGAUACGCUAAUAGCGGAGUGUCGGCACUUGAAAGUGGAGAGGCAGGUGGAGCCCCUGAACGAAGACGUGCUGCUGGCCAUGGCCGAGAUGGGGCUGGACAAGGAGCGCACCCUGCAGUCCCUGCGGUCGGACGCCUACGAUCACUACAGCGCCAUCUACAGCUUGCUUUGUGACCGGCUGAAGCGCCACAAGAACCUGCGCGUUGCCACCCUGCCCAGCGUCCCCCGGACCGUGGCCUUCCCGACGCCAGCGGCCAGCGGCCAGGCAGAGCCGGUGGGGAACAUGGUGAGCCUCAGCGUCCCGCAGGUGCAGCUCAUCAACCCGGAGAACCAAAUAGUGGAGACGGAUGGGGCCAUGAACCUGGAUAGCGACGAGGGCGAAGAGCCUUCCCCCGAAGCUCUGGUCCGCUACCUCUCCAUGAGGAGGCACACAGUGGGAGUGGCCGACCCGCGCACGGAGGUGAUGGAAGAUCUCCAGAAGCUCCUCCCGGGCUUCCCACGCAUCACACCGCAGGCCCCAUUCCUGCAGGUGGCACCAAACAUGAACAUGGCCGCCAACAUGCUUCCCAUGCAGCACCUGCAGCCGACUGGCCAGCUGGAGUACAAGGAGCAGUCCUUGCUGCAGCCCCCGACCCUGCAGCUGCUGAACGGGAUGGGGCCGCUUGGGCGCCGGGCCUCCGACGGAGGAGCCAAUAUCCAGCUCCACGCACAACAGCUGCUGAAGCGUCCGCGGGGCCCUUCUCCACUCGUUAGCAUGACGCCAGCAGUGCCUGCAGUGACCCCUGUGGAUGAGGAGAGCUCGGACGGCGAGCCUGACCAGGAAGCCGUGCAGAGAUACUUGGCCAAUAGGUCCAAAAGGCACACACUGGCCAUGACCAACCCCACUGCGGAAAUCCCGCCCGACUUGCAGAGGCAGCUGGGACAGCAGCCCUUCCGCUCCCGGGCAUCACACCUGGCACCCGACCAGCACCGCUACAUCUACAAGGACUCCAACACCCUGCACCUGCCCACGGAGCGCUUCUCUCCAGUCCGCCGCUUCUCGGAUGGGGCCGCCAGCAUCCAGGCCUUCAAGGCCCAGCUGGAGAAGAUGGGCAACCACAGCAGCAUCAAGCAGCUCCAGCAGGAGUGUGAGCAGCUCCAGAAGAUGUACGGAGGGCACAUGGACGAGAGGACCCGGGAGAAGACCCAGCAGCAGCACAUCUUGUACCAGCAGGAGCAGCACCAGCAGAUCCUCCAGCAUCAGAUCCAGGAUUGUGUCCGCCCUCCUCAGCCCUCCCCACCACUGCCAGCUCCAGGAGAAAACCAGCCGGCUCUGCUCACUCACCAGCUCCAGAGGUUGCGGAUCCAGCCCUCCAGCCCUCCCCCCAACCACCCCAGCAACCACCUCUUCAGGCAGACGGAGAGCAGCUCCCCUCCUGCCAGCAGCAGCAGCAGCAGCAGCAGCAACAUGCUGCAGAGCCACGGUGCCGCCUCCCAGCCGCAGUUCCAGGGGAUGCCUCCCCCCCACGGCGCCCUCUUCCAGCAGUCCGGAAGCUGCUCCCCGCCCCCCGCCGUGGCCCUCUCCUGCCUGGGCAUGUCGCAGCCAGUGCCAGGCCAGCCGGUCACCCUCCAGGUGCAGGAGCCGGGCGACCUGGGCGGCGGGGCUGGCCUCCUGCAGGCAGGGCGGGGCGUGCCCAUCGCCCCCAGUGCCAGCCAGCUGCAGAUGCACCACCGGGCCAGCCUGAUGGCCUCCCUGACGUACGGGCACCGGCCCCUCUCCAAGCAGCUCAGUGCGGACAGUGCCGAGCCUCACAGUCCGCACAGGUAUCCCUCCACUGGCUACGAGCAGGUGCACCUGCACCCCCACCUCUUUCCAGAGCAGGGCCGGGGCCCUCCGAGUGGCUACAGCCCGUCAGCAGCCGCCGCCGCCGCCGCCGCCGUGGUGGGCUUCCCUGCGACGCAGGCACUGAAGGUCCCCCUGCUGGAGCAGUUCCCCGCCUUCCCCCCGAGCGCCCAGCAGCAGCAGCAGCAGCAGCAGCAGCAGCAGCAGCACUACGCAGCCGCCUCGGCCCUGCAGCAGGCCCUGCUCUCUCCCACCCCGCCGGACUACAGCCGGCACCAGCAGGUCCCUCACAUCCUGCAGGGGCUGCUCUCGCCCCGGCACUCGCUCACGGGCCACGGGGACCUGCGGCUGCCCCAGGCGGAGCUGGCCCAGCUGAUCAAGCGGCGGCAGCAGCAGCAGCAGCAGGAGUUCCAGGAGCUCUUCCGGCACAUGAGCCAGGGGGAGACGGGCCACGCGGUCAGCAGCCACCUGGCCCAGAAACUGUCGGAGCGCCAGGCACUGGCCUUGCCUUACCAGAACACGGACGCCCCCUACCACCCGCACCCCCACCCCCACCACCACCCCCACACCAGCCCCCAGCACCUCCUCAAGGUGCGGGUGCACGAAUGUAUCCAGCCGGGCCCGGCCCCCGGCUACAGCCCCCACCAGCAGCCCCCCCUGGCCCACUCGGAGAGCAUGGAGGAAGAGGCCGCGGACUGUGUGUGUGAGCGGGGGGAGAGGGGCGGCUUUCUAGACAGGCGGGGCGACGCUUGCCACGAGACUCCGCUGCUCUUGAGCACAGUGGGGCCGGGGGGCCCGGACUCGGCCUUUGGGACGGCGAAGCACGAGCAGGAGUUGGGGAUGCACCAUUACAGGCAGCAGCAGCAGCAGCAGCAACCCGCGGCUGCCUUCAGCCGGAACAAGGCGCCCUGCCGAGAUGCCAUGGUCACAGGCGGCAUGGAAAGAAGCGCUCCCGGGCAUGCGGAGAUGCUGGACGCGGAUGGGCUGGGGGCCUAUCCCGCAAGACCCGCUUCUGGCCCAGCCCAGAGAUCCCGGCCUCUGCAGAGACAUCACACCAUUCAGAACAGCGACGACGCUUACGUGCAACUGGACACUCUGCCGGGCAUGAGUCUCAUGGCGGGGAAGGCGCUCAGCUCCGCCCGCAUGUCUGACGUGGUGCUCAGCCAGUCGUCGCUCAUGGCCAGCCAGCCGCUGCACGACGGGCAGAGCACAGACUGCCAGGAGGAGGAGGAGGACCUGGAAGGCCAAGAGCCGCCCCGCCUGGGCGACGGCAGCCAGCAGCACCUCAACGCCUCUUGCUACACCUCCACGUGUAUGACCGAUGUCCUGCUGAGUUACAAGCACCCGGAGCUGCCCUUUGGGAUGGAGCAGGCGGGAGUCUAGCCAGCAGGCGGGCAACAGGGUAUGUACAGCUUGGAAACAAAAAGGUCCAUUUCAAACCAACAGUAUCUCGCAGCAUUGCGCCAAAAUGGCAGCCGCGGUCUCCUUCGCGGGAAUCGCGCGGCUCCUCCCUCCUCUUCCUCCUCCUCUUUGUGGGUUGAACAGUGUGCUUCUUCCUUUCGGAUGUUCAUUAUUGCCAUAUUUGCCUGCGAUGCCAGCCAUUCUGGAAGGACCAGCGCCCCCCCCCCCCCCCCCGCGCGCAGAUGCUGCUGCAGGGUCCUGCGUGGGGCAAAGACAGCUGCUGCCCGAGGGGCCCUUUCCGCAGGCCGCGGGUGCUCUGGGCCUGCCUUUGCCUGGGAAGCCCAGGCGAAGCUCUGGGCAAGGGGCAGUGGUGCCCACCAGCGAGCAAUAAGCAGAUGUUCUGGACAGCACCUCCUCAGGGCCUGCCGUGCCCCCCCCCGCCCCCAGGGACAAGAGCCAAGCCGCCCCCCACACGGACCUCUGCCUUCCUCAGAUUGCUCGCUCCCCCCGGCUCCCCGUCCAGGCCUUCUCCCGGCAGUGGGUGCAAUAUUGCUGCUUUGGGGCAUCUCUCCUUCGCUAGCUUUUCUCUCGGAUUUUGUCGUCGUGCUAAAAUUGUUUUUCUUUUCCUUCCUUCUCUUUUCUACACAAAUCCAUGUACUACUUUUUUUCUAAUUAUUAAUAUUUUAAGGUUGAGAGAGCCUGCAUCUUGUUUUUAACUCGCCUCCCUCCCAAAUCAUGUAGGAAUUUGUUUUGGUAAAUGUUUAUUAUUAUUAUUAUUAAUAUUAAUAUUAUUAUUAAAAUUAUUAUUAAUAAAUUAAUUGUUAAUGAGAAGCGAGAGGCAUUUCUCCCCCGGCCCCCAGUUGGUCCUCCUCUCCGCCCCCCGCGCUCCGCUGGUUUCCUCCGUUCCCAGGAUUGGCUCUGCUCCUGCGUGCCGCGUGUGGGGCUGGGGGCCCCUCUGCUGCCGCCCUCCCUGCCUUGGCAGAGGCCUUUCCUCGCUCGCCAGCCUGGGGGAGCUUGUUUCUGUGACUUGCCUGGGGCCUGGUGACCCUCCAGCGGCUGGGCCUGCGGGGAGUCGCUCCUGACGUCAUCUUUUUUUGCCUUUGGAACUUUUGGGAAACCGACAACAGAGAAUUCCUAUUACUGACUCUUUGGGGAAGAAUUUUUUAAAGGAGACCCGAUCCAUGCAGUCAGUCCUCCUCAGUUUGCACAGAAGACGUGUGAGACCAGCAUGGCCCCGGGUUCUUGUGCUGUUGUCGUCGUCACCGCCGCCCUCCUCCUCCUCCUCCUCCGUGGUUUCCCCACCCUGGCCUCUAGGACCCAGGGGCACCAGCAAUGGCGGAGCAGCCCCCUCCAGCUGACCUUGGACUGGAACUCCACAUUGGCCUGCAGCCCCUUUGUGUGGGGGGGGCUGGGUGUGUUGGGAGCCGCCCGCUCAUCUCUCUGGCCGGAGGGGGCCCAAGGCACGACAGGCCACCUUCAGCCCCCCUUUGGACUCUUGCUUCGGUUUCUCCUUUUGUUUACAUGGUCUGGAGACGGCCACCGCCGCCGCCCUCCAGGGCCAUCCCAACCAGUUGCGCAGAGACUCGCCCCGUCUGGCCGCGCCGUCUUGCAGUAUCACACUUUUUAUUUUCGUGUUGGUUUUUUUUAAUCAUUGCUUUGUAUUGUAGUAAUCAAUACUUGCAGUAUAUGUUGAAUGUAUAAUAUACUUUGCUAUUAUUUCUGUUUUGGGGAAAUGUCCAAAGUAUUUUCUCAUUUAUGUUGGACUAAAAAGAAGGCUCCCCCCCCCCCCCCGCCACACACACACACACAUGAACUCCCCAGAUUUUCAGUAAAUUCUUAGGUUGGGGUGUUUUUUGUUUUGGUUUCUUUUUUUGGUGGGUCAUUUGCAACUAGUAACUUAGCUGGACGUGGGAUCCUGACCAAUAAACCCAUGAUUAUGAUUGGC